AUGACUGAUCCACCAUCGAUCUAUUUUACCACUUCGAAUCGAGGCAAGUCUUUGCUCGUUUACUCAGGAUAUAUUCAUCGACUUAAAAAGUCGACGGAGAAAGUGAAAUAUUGGGUUUGUCAUAGUGAUGGCUGUUUGGCCACCAUUCACACAAACAAAAACGACGAAAUUCUUAUAGCUGAUGGUCAUCAUUAUCAUAUACCUGAUCCAGAACAAAUCGAACUUCGAAACUUAAGAAAAAAAGUGAAAGAUAGAAUACAAUCUGAAACUAAUUCUAUACCUAAAAUAUAUGAAGCAGAAUUAGCUCGUUCAAAUCUAUCUUCAACAGCUUUAACUCUUGCACCUGUUGCUGUUGAAAUUAUUAAGUUUAUCAUCAAUCGAAACAUCCAAUGCCUUUUUUUAUAUAGAAUCGGUUCUUAAUCGUGUUCGUCGAAAAACAACUCCACCUCUACCAACAUCAGCUGAUUUUGAUAUUCCUGAUUU